AUUACAAAACUUGAAAAAAUGAAGGAAACCGCAAAAUUAACAAUUUGAAUGUACAUUAUAUAAAGUAUUAUUGAAUAUCAAAAAAAAAUACAUCCUGGUGAUUGUUUAACACAAAAAAAAUGUUGGUGAAGAAAGUUUUCACCUUGGUAUUCCUGAGAAAAGACAAGGAGAUUUUAUUAGGCUUGAAGAAACGAGGUUUUGGUGUAAACAAAUGGAAUGGUUUCGGCGGGAAACUAGAACCGAACGAAUCCAUCCUUGAAGCUGCAUCCCGUGAACUAAAAGAAGAAUGCUGCGUCGAUGUAAAAACUGUUGAUUUGAAGAAUAUAGCUCAUUUGGAAUUUACCUUCGAAGGGGAACCUACAUUAAUGGACGUACGAGUUUUUUCGACAAAUGUUUUUCAAGGAACCCCUCAAGAAACUGACGAAAUGCGCCCGAAAUGGUUUCACUGUGACCAAGUUCCAUUUGACGAAAUGUGGCCCGAUGACCGUAUAUGGUUUCCGUAUAUGUUAAAAGGGAUAUUAUUUUAUGGUAAAUUCCAUUACAAGGGGUUUGAUACUAUAUUAAACCAUCAUAUCGAAGAAUUGGAAUCCAUGGAAUCGUUUUAUGAUAGACAUAAGUAAAACAACUUUUUUGAUACUACUAUUUUUUGUGAUAAUAGAGUUAGAUUUCAUCGUUUAAGUUAUUGCAUACUAUGUAUGUUAAUUGUGAUUAUUUUAUAAUUUUUGUUUUGUUCGAAGGUACUUGACCAUACUAAUAUAAAGAUUUGCAUAGUA